UAGCCUUUUUUAAUGGCGCAGCAGCGGCAUUUCGUGGAAAAUCUAGUGGGCGCGACCGAUGGCCGAGAUUUGCUUAGAAAUCACGGGGAUAGAGGCUACAGCAGCGGCGACUGCAACGACGAUGAAGCCAUGCGAGAAGGACACUCAGGCAGCGAGGCGGCGGAGGAUGCAGAUCCGAAGGUUGAGAUGCAUCGCCGGCGUGGAAUCCAUGGCUAGACCAGUAGAUCUUAACCGCAAGAGGCAGAGGCCUGACAUCUCCGUAGUUCCAACGGUUGAAUCCUUCAAAAAAGACUCCGAUGAGGAGGAGGAGGCUGCAUCGGUGCGGUCGCCGAGGUACGGCAUGACUUCGGUGUGCGGCUUGCGCAGAGAGAUGGAAGACGCGGUAUCCAUCUGGCCGGAUUACCUCAAAGCAUGUGGAGGAAAGCAUAGUUUCUUCGGCGUUUUCGAUGGCCACGGCUGCUCACAUGUGGCUGCGUGGUGCAAGGAUCGGAUGCACGAGAUGGUGGAGGAAGAAGUAGAGAAGUUGGAAUCGGGUAUGCCGCCUUCACCAACGGAGUGGAAAAAAGUGAUGGAUCGAAGUUUCGCGCGGAUGGAUGAGGAGGUCGUGAUUUGGGGAGGAGCUGCCGGCGAGCGACGGAAUACUACCUGCCGGUGCGAGCUACAGACGCCGAAGUGUGAACACGUCGGAUCCACCGCUGUUGUCGCAGUUGUGGCGCCGGAGCAAAUCGUUGUUGCUAACUGCGGCGAUUCAAGGGCGGUUCUUUGCCGGAGAGGCGCCACUGUGCCGCUCUCCAUCGACCACAAGCCCGACAGACCUGAUGAGUUGCAGCGGAUUCAGGCGGCCGGCGGUCGGGUUAUCUUCUGGGACGGGCCACGCGUUCAAGGUGUUCUUGCGAUGUCACGUGCGAUUGGGGAUGGUUAUCUGAAGCCGUACGUGACGGCGGAGCCGGAGGUGACGGUGACGGAGAGGAAGGAGGAGGACGAGUUUCUGAUUCUGGCGAGUGACGGCCUGUGGGACGUGGUGACGAACGUGACGGCGUGCGAGAUCGUUAGGAUGUGUCUGCGGAGGAGCGGGAGGGGUGAGGUUAAGGGUGACGUGUCGGCCGAGACUUCCGAUAAGGCUUGCUCGGACGCCGCGACCUUGUUAACGAAGCUGGCGCUGGCGAGGGGAAGCGCGGAUAACGUUACCGUCGUGAUUGUGGAUCUGAGAAGGAAACUAUAGUAUUGAAAGAUAGAACUAAGAAAAUCAUCAAUAUAAGUUUUGGUAAAGAUGAGCUUUAGAUUGCUUUGAGAUCUGUGCUAUAUAAAAUUCUUGCAUGACACUAAUCAUAAAGCAAAUCUAAUGAUUGUAAGGGCGUCUCACAAAGUGAGUGGGCUAAUCCUAAGGAUAAUGCAAGUAAAGAAAGAACCAAUGUGGUGGGAGUCUGAGAUGAAGUGUAUUUUAUUUUAUAAUGACAUGCAUAUAGCAAUGAGUGCUUGAAAUGUGGAGAGUAUUAUGUAUGUCCUUUGUCUGGAUGACAGUUUGGCGUGUGAUCAUGUCAUGUCUACUUUGGUGGACGUAAUAUUUUUUCGAAAAGAUGAGAAUAUAUGAAUUUGAUGUAAAUAGAAUAUAA